AUGGCGUGCCUUCAGAAACUGCGCGAAGAUGUCGGAACAUUGGAAUCUCUGUUUCCGAAGCAUCACGAACGAUUUCAGGCUAAUUUUCAAAAAUUUUUGUGGGGAUUUUUUUCCUUAGAAAUGGCGUGCCUUCAGAAACUGCGCGAAGAUGUCGGAACAUUGGAAUCCCUGUUUCCGAAGCAUCACGAACGAUUUCAGGCUAAUUUUCAACAAUUUUUGUCAGAAUUUUUUUUCUUAGAAAUUUAUAAUUACGUCAAAUAUCCGGUAUUAUCGGCAUCGGUGGAUGAAGUUAUUGUUCAGUUUAUCACUCCAGAAAAUAAGCCAAUUGUCGUCACCGGCAAUAUUUUAGCUGGUGAUGAUCGCGAUGAGGGAAUGGAGAGUGACGAGGAUUUUAUCGAAAUGGAGGAAGAAACAACUUCACGGAAGGAUGCAGGCGAUGAAGAAUUACGUUUUUUUUCCCCGCACUUCAAAACAAUUGGCGGGUAG